AUGCCGCCUUCGAUCCACAGUCUGACAACAUUAUUGGUCUUGCACCUAUCUAUCGCAUCUCAUUCUGCCUAUGCGAGUUACAACACUCCUCAGGUACCUAUAAUCAGCCCCGAUCUCGCGUCUCGAGCGAUCAUAGAUCAUCCACUGUACCCUCCAAGAGUCAACUACGAGAUACUCGAACCUAAUGACGAAGAGUCAGACCCGUUUGAAUUACCGGAGGGAGCCAUCUUUUAUCCUGUACAUGUAACGGGGAAUGAGCAGGAAAAGUUCAACUUGAUGUUCUUUGCUGAUGGAUAUACUCUGAACGAAUAUGAUAAAUUCGAAGAAGACGUUGAAAGGUUGAAGAAUGACAUAAUAUCAACUAAUGGAUCAAUGAGUCAUGUAUCUGAUCUGUUAAAUAUUUGGGCGACCUUCGGACCCUCUCAACAAUCAGGCAUAGGUACGCAUGAUCGACCCCUCCAAGGAGCUGCAUUAGGAUGA